AUGCCCAAACGUCUGAGGGAAAGUUCACCGUCAGAUUUGGCAUCCUCAAAGCGGAAUCGAGAUGUGACAACGAUUCCGGUCGAUCGCCUAUCUUCUUUGAGUAACGAACUUUUACUACAUAUCCUUUCGUUUCUUUCGAUAUCAUCGCUGAAUGUGUGCCAAAGAUUAUCUCACCGAUUUCAUGCUCUUGGUGGAGACUCCGAACUCUGGAAGCGACAGUACUACUCACAGUGGGUGCGGCCUCGUGCCCGUCGUUUAGCUUAUUCCAGACCCACGGCAUUACCAGCUCGGGCAGAGUAUUCGCCUCGAGUCUCCACCUGGCUCGAUCACAGCCAUCUGGCUGAAGAGGGAAAGGUAACUAAUUGGAAACGACAAUACCGCCUACGGCACAAUUGGUCCAAUGGAUCCUGCCGAGUGACUGAAGUCGAAUUUCUUGCACCACCCUGCCCUGAUGUGCUGGUCAAACUCUGUGCCGGCAUCGUCUUCACCGUUGAUGCUGCUCAUGGGCUUCGAGCGUGGGCCGCAAAAGACCCAACCAGCUGCUUGUCUGGCAUCUCACCUUCGGAGUCAAAGGGCUCUAUGGCUCGCCCCACCUCCUUGGCAGUGAGUCAGCUGUCAGAUGAACAAGAAAUCGUUGUAGGAUUUGAGGAUGGCCGCUUCAAUCGUUAUGUAUAUGAUGUUCGGACAUGCCGGUUGGGUCUACGAUCCUCCCACAUUGGAUUCAGAGAUGGUGCCAUCACCGCCAUGGCUUUGUCAUCACCUUAUGUCUUGAUGGUCUCUCAACAUAAGAUUCUCUCCUUGUAUGACCUUCGCACUCGGUCUACCGAGGAAACUCAAGACUCCGUAGGGCCGUGUGAAAUUGCGUCCCUCCAAGCGGAAAACAUGGUCGCCCCAAUGACCCUUUCUCUCCGCGUUUCGACAUUUGAGAUUGUGGCCACCAUUGUAUACAGUUUCUAUCACAUUGGGUGCGGUUGGUCGUUAGGGAUCCAAGAGCUGCGGUUCAAUAAAGAUGGUCACCAAUUGGAAUCCCGACUCACUACUACGGUAGAUUCUCAGUACGGCAUCCGUCCACUCCAACGUCUUAAACCGUCCAAUAAACGCCGGCAUUCCGCCACCCUUGACCCGAUGUAUUCAUCUUCAUCUGUGACCCCUACCGAACCAUCCAUAUUGCACCAGCAGCCGCCAACAUCCAUGUCCUAUUCCCAUCCAUAUCUGCUAACAUCGCACGCGGAUAACACCCUGACCAUGUAUCUGCUUGUCUCAAAUUCCGACAGUCUUUUUGUCCGAGGUGGCCGACGACUCUGGGGCCACACGUCUUCGGUCUCGACGGUCCAAGUGACCAAUCGAGGGAAGGCAGUCUCUGUGAAUUCACUGGGCAAUGAGAUUCGAAUCUGGGAGCUUGAAACAACUGUUCCUUCUCUGGGCAGUCGCAGACCAUUAAAAGAAGAGAGCAGUAUUCAAGUCAGUCCUGACAAUCGACAACUGGAAACCAAAACCAAAAGCAUACCGCAAGACAACGCUGGGUUGGAUACUGUUUCCAGCACACCUCAUGGUUGUAUGCGUGAAUGUAUUGAAUUCGACGAGGAGCGAGUUCUUCUACUCAGGGAGAAGACGGUCGGCACCCAACUGCUAGAAUGUUAUGAUUUCACAUAA